GAUACAUCGAGUAGGUGUUAUAACACAGCCAAUAAAUAUUAUUCUCAUAUCAUCAUAGAAUCAAUCAAAUAGCAUACUUCUUCAACCAUUGUUUCUAGAAUUAAUUGAACACGUCCUACGAUGCCACUUGAUCGAACUGGGACGAGCUGGUAGUGGGCGGGAAUGACCUGACCCAGACUUGAAACUUGAAAGGACCCGCGUAUUUGUUUGACACAGGCCGGGUCAAGCCUGCUGUCACCAAGCGGGCCGUGUAAUAAUAGUAGUAAGAAGGCCUGGAACGCUGAGGGCUCCUGAGUUCCGCUUAGCCUACCGCAUGGGCCGUCGCAAGGAAUAGUAUAGGCUAAUCCUCUGCUUCAAAACCGAAAACCCUUUCGUCCGCUCCGCCGACGACCUCCCUCCCAUCUCCAUCGCUCCCAUCUCUCUCCCGCUGCACCCUUUGCGUCUGCGCAACCGCAUACUCUUUACACGCUUAGAAGAAGCUCCGUCAUCGCCGCUCCGCCCGCCAUGAGGCCCCCUGCAGUUGUUGUUGUUUUUGGUGGUGGUGGUGCUUUGUAUAGCAGAGGGAGCGAAGGCGAUGGUGCCUCAGAAGCGGCCGCGACCCGGGUCCAAGUCGAGCGCCGCCCUAGUACCGGAUGAGGGACUCAGCGAUGCGGAGCGCAUGAUCUUAGAGGCGAUCCGCAGCAAGGAGAACAUGGGGAUAUGGACUUUUGACCUUAAGAAGCUGACGAAUCUACCCCGCGGUGUGUUCGACAAGGCCCUUAGGUUGCUCCAACAAAAAGGUUUGAUCAAGUGCGUCGUCAGCAUCCACAACAAAAGCAGGAAGAUGUAGGUGGCUAGAGAGUUCGAACCCGCCAAGGAGAUAUCGGGGGGCACCUGGUAUUCCCACGGAAGCCUCAACCAGGAAUUCAUCGGCGACGUCAGGUCCAGGUGCUUGGCGCAGGUCACCAGGCUCCGGAUCGCCACCGUCGAGGACGUCUGGAAGGGAAUCCAAAUGUCCCGCGACAGCAAGGCCGACUUCACCUUGCAGCAGAUCAAGGAGAUUGUUCAGGCCAUGGUUUUGGAUAAGGAGCUAGAGGAAGUGAAGAGCACCGGCGACGGCGAUUUCUCUGUGGUGCCGGCGGGAAGGCCGUGCUACAGGAGGUUCGAAAGAAGAGCACCUAUUGUUGGCGCUCUGUCCGCCAUCCCUUGUGGGGUGUGCCCUAGGAUAAGUGAGUGCACACCCGAUGACGUUAUCUCCCCCAGCACUUGCAUCUAUUUCACUAAAUGGCUCGAAUUGGAUUUUUAGGUGCAAUCAUUCGUAACCUCUAUCUAUGUGACCUAACGCCUCAUAAUGGUAUCUAUUUUUAUUUUUUCUUUUUUGAGGGUUUUUUUUUUUUUAAUGUCAAUUCAGCUUUUUGCUUUCUUUUAGUUUUUUUUCUUAAAAAAUUUUGUGGAGUGUAUUUUUUUAAGAUCGCAAAUUAUGUUUGCCACCGUUAAUAACUAAACUGAUUCUUAAAAAAAAAAAAGAAAUUUCCCAAUGUUUUAGAUCCAGUAUAUUAUCUUGGUUCGUGCUCAUUUUAGACCACUCAUUAUCCGAUUUUCUAGAAUAUAAGAGGCUGUGGCUGUUUUCCUUUAUGGUGUGCAUUUCUUCUACUAGCAACAAAUAUAAGCUGCAAGUUUUCUUCAUUAUACAUACCUGCAAUUAUUGGUUUGGCUGCCUAUAUUUUUCUGUGUGAUCGUCUUCCGACGCUUUUAGUAUCUAGGUCCCAGCUAAGUGCUGAGUGAGUGGCUUCUGUCCUUCUGGCCAAGUGCUAAUUAAUUCAUGUGAAUGCAAGAAGCACGAGAGUAACAGUGAUGCCGGCGAUUAACUGAAUUCUGCAUUUAGUGAUUUAGGGGCAAAUAAGAAAGGUGUUUUUCUUGAAUACAACUGGCCACUCCGAAAUUUUCUGAAUACAAAAUGUUCUUGGUGGAGCUCACGUAUGCACUCAAGAAGCGUUGUCGCACUAAAAUGGUACUUCCUGCACUGGUCAAGUGUGUUACAUUGGAAGCUUAUUGAGCUACUGUGGAUGAAUACAUCACCAUAGCUUCUUUGCUGACCUAUAAGAUGCUUUAUGCUGCUCAGUAUUCUCCGUUUUGUGAUGAUAUGUUGGUAAACAUUAUGCUUGUCUUCAUUGUUUCCGUCCUGGAACUUUUAAUAGGUUUCAUUGACGGCUUGGCUUGACUUUUGAGUUUUUCUGUUAUGAUAAAAUGACUUGUUUUGUAAAAAUUUGGAAGAAGAUGAACAUGGGCCAGACAGGAGGCCAAAGGCUCAUCAUGGAUGAUGUGAUGAAUUAAUUUUCUUGUGUUCCAUGGAUAAUAGAUGAUAGCCAACCAUUUUAUGAUUUCUGCAACACAUUUAAAUGGCAUAUCUGGGCAGAUUCAGAUAUACCAUGUUAGAAAGCUAUUUCUGUUUGAGGGAUAUUAUACAUGUCUUUUCUCUUACUUGAUUGAUAUAAAUGUAAUAAAAUAUGUUACUAUGAAGUGCACUAGCUUUAUCUUUCGGGAGCUCUUUUGAUCAACCUCAUUGAACCAAUUCUAUUUCUUUGUUUCAUAAUUAUUAAUCUUCAUCUCAGCCUGAUGCUUCUAGGUGAAACCAAAACUUAUCACAAGUUCAUGAACCUGGUUGUCAUGAUAGAUUGUCCUAUGCACUUGCAACUAGUACAAAAGGCUCAAAUAUGAAAAGGGAAAAUUCCCUCCUAAUAUUUGUGUUUAGUCGCCCUUAGCUUUAGUAGUUAAAGGUAUAAGCAAAGUGGAGAGUCAGUGGAGACUGACUGUUUUCACACUCUUAUGCGCUUUAGAAUAAUGGUAUGGGUUUGUUUAUAUUCUUGAAUACUCAAUUUAGAGGAUUAGGAUAGGAGCCUCUAAUAUGGUGGCCUACAUGUUUUAGAAGCUCAUGGUCUAUUAGCAUUGGGGUGAGAAAGACACAACAAUAAGCUAAUUGGAAGACAGCCCAGAUGGCCCUAUAUAAAGAUUUUCUUCUGGGGAAUAUUAGCAACUUAAGAUAGUAAAAUCCCUCCUCAAAGCGCUAAUGGCAGAUAGCAGCUACAUUUAAGAUGGCGUAUGUAUUGCACAUUUUUGUUGCUUUGUUGUUUAUCUGCUUUUCAGUACAAGCCCAAGAAGGAUUACAGAAGGGGCUCUACUCUUCUUCUUGUCCCAAGGCUGAGGACAUAGUAAGGUCUACUGUACAGAAAUUCUUCAACAACGAUUCCUCCAUUGCCCCAGGUUUGCUGAGGCUACAUUUCCACGACUGUUUUGUUCAGGGCUGCGAUGCAUCUGUUCUUAUCUCCGGAUCUUCUUCUGAGAGGAUUGCCGUGCAAAACCUUGGCCUAAGGGGAUUUGAGGUUGUGGAUGAUGCCAAGUCCCAGUUGGAGGCUGCAUGUCCUGGGGUAGUCUCUUGCGCUGAUAUACUGGCUUUGGCUGCACGUGAUGCCGUUUAUUUGACUGGUGGUCCAAGCUGGUCUGUGCCCUUGGGGAGAAGAGAUGGCAGGGUUUCAUCUGCAUCAGAUGCCACAGUUUUACCAUCACCAACUGAUUCUCUCCAGAGGCAAAAGUUUGCAGAUAAAGGCUUGACUGAUCAUGAUCUUGUGACAUUAGUUGGUGCCCACACGAUUGGUCAGACGGAUUGCUUGUUCUUCCGCUACCGUUUAUACAACUUCACAGCGACAGGCAAUGCUGAUCAAACCAUCAAUGGGGCCUUCUUGGGACAGCUUCAAAUGCUGUGCCCCGAAAAGGGCAACCCCUCGAAGCAGGUUGCUCUUGACAAAGAUAGCAUAGCAAAGUUCGAUGUGAGCUACUUCAAGAAUGUGAGGGAUGGAAAUGCAGUUCUCGAGUCAGAUCAGAGGCUCUGGGGAGAUGUAGUGACCCAGAAUAUUGUCCACAACUAUGCAGGGACCAUACGGCGCCUGCUGGGACUUAGGUUUGAUUAUGAGUUCCCGAAGUCUAUGGUCAAGAUGAGUAGCAUUGGGGUUAAGACGGGCACCCGAGGUGAAAUUAGAAAGAUCUGUUCCAGGUUUAACUGAGCUGAAAACAGCAGGAAUAAUAAUAAUAACAAUAAUAAUGAGGUGGACUGCAAGAUCUGCAUGAAAGUAUCCAUUCCGGGAUGUAGUGUCCAUUUCGAUGCUUGUGUGUUUGCUACCCGUUCAGAAGAUGUUGUUGAUCGAGUGAAUAUUGUAGUUUAUGUGGGGCGGACUUUGCCAGGAGGCAAAUGCCUCUAAUUAAGUUGGAUGGUGUUUGUGGUUCAUGGGAUGAAUGCUUAGAUUUAAGAGGUAGUAAGUGCUAACAGACUUUUUAAUGGAGUGAUGGUUUAUGAGUGUGCACUUUGUUGUUCUGUACAAAUAUGAGCUCACCUCAUCUAUGAAAUGUCUGCAGUAAAAUUUUCCACCAGGACACGUUUAAGAGUA